UUUUGGAAAUUCUUAUUUGCUAUAUUUUGUUUUUGUUUGAAUUAAUUAUUUAUGCAUUGUUUGUUAUAUUAUGAUAAAUUUUACCUCUUUUUGGUUAAACUUGAUUCAAUUCAGGGUUUUGUUUGUUUGUCUUUAUCAUCAAUACUGUUCUUCUGUAUAUUGAAUCAGUUGUUUAGUGUUUUGCUUCAAGUUAUUUGUAUGUGCGCAUUAAGUAUUUUGGCAUUACAGUUUUGUUACGAUUAAUUGGAAUAUAGGUUCGACGAUCACUUGGCAUUAUAGUUUUGAGUUCCAUUUAUCUGUUCUUCAAAAUUUUAGUAUUAAGCCCUAAUGCUCAACUGUGAAAUCCCUAAAUUUGACUAGACGGGAAUUGGGAGAUGGGUCAGUCACUGAAAAUGAUGGAAAAAUUGAGGAAGAAGUAAUCAGCUUUUAUAAAAUUUAUACAAAAGAAGAAAACACAACUUGGUUAGAGAGACCUUUUCAGGACGAUGAGAUGAUGAAGGCCAUUUGGGACUGCUGCAAGGAUUAGACACCCGGUCCCGAUGGUAUUUCUAUAGCAGUUUAUCCAGUGUUGCGCUGUGUUGAUGGUGGACUUGAUGAAGUUUUUGAGGAAUUUUAUAGAAGUCUUGUCAAUGAGAUCACUCAUGAAACGUACAUUUUCCUUAUUCCAAAGAAAACGGAUGCAUGCAAGUUUGGAAAGGUUUUGCAUCAAGCUUGUGCAAGAUUAUGUUGAAGGUUUUGGCUCUGAGAUUGAAGCAAGUAUUAGGGGAUACAAUUUCCUUCUGGUCAAGGAGCUUGUGUUAAAGGAGAUUUUGUUAAAGGAAGGCAGAUAUCAGAGGUGGUCCUACUGAAUAUGUAAUGGUGGAGGAAGUGAGAAAGUAGAAAGAAGGGCUAGUCUUUAAAUUAAUUUCCAAAAAGGGGAUGUACGCAAGUUUUGAAAUGUUUGGCAUCAAGCUUGUACAAGAUUAUCUCAAAGGUUUUGGCUCUGAGUUUGAAGGAAGUCUUAAAGGAUACAAUUUCCUUCUGUUCAAGGACCUUUGGUUAAAGAAAGGCAGAUAUCAGAGGCAGUCCUAAUGAAUAUGUAGUGGUGGAGGAAGUGAGAAAGUAGAAAGAAGUGCUAGUCUUUAGGUUGAUUUCAAAAAAGCUUACGACCAAGUGGAUUUGAAUUUUUUGGAUUUUGUGUUGGGGGCUUUGGGAGUUUGGAGGAAGUGAAUGAGGACUAUGAAAUUUGUUAAUUUUUCUGUAAUUAUUUUCUUUAGUUGCUGACAUUUUGAGCGUUAAUGUUGAAAUCUUUGUUUAGUUUGCAAUAUUAAACAUAAAUAUAUAUAUAUAUAUAUAUAUCAAAAAAGAUACGGCAAUCAGAACAGCCUCAGCCCAAAAUAAACUAGGGACAGAAGCUGAGUUUGCUUUUUUUCUCGACUGGAAGAGCUGCCGGAACUUCCCUCCUAGGCGACUCUUUGUAGAAUCCUUUUAUAAAGGGAUCCGAAGCCCGGGUGAGCCUAGACGAAAAAUAACCAGAUGGAAUUAGCAGUAUUUGGGAUCUCCUACUCGUCCCACCUCAUCUGGUCUCUUAAGUUUGGGAAGCUCGAUCAACCCUUGCUAAUCCAAUCCAGUAAGAAACGAAGUGGCUCGAUCAAAGGUGUUAAUGGACUGAUAUGUUUGGAAUCUGAUAAUGAGCCUGAAAGUGGUCAUGCAAGGAAAAAGGGGAAGGAGAUUGAAUCCAUCGCUAGUGGGUGUGAUGUGGUGAAGGACUUAGAUUGGAGGUUUAGUUUUGUCGAGUCCACAUGUUCUCUUGGAGAUGCUGAGCUAGCACAUAUGUCUGAGGGGAAUUUUUCACAAUCUACUUUGCAAGAUGAUAUUGAUCAGGUACUUGAUUAUCCAGAAAAUAGAAUGGAUCAGAUGGGAAACAUCAUGAAGCAGAGAAGGACUACAGCUAUUACUGAUAAUGAAAACAUUACAAAAGAAGCAACAGGAAGAAGGAAGCUGACAAAAGAGGAAAGAACGCGCUUAAUGGAAGAAAAGAAGCUAAAGAAGAUACAAGAGAAAUUGCAGAGAGAAGCUCUGAAAGCUGAAGCAGCAGAGAUGAAAAAAAUACAGAAAGAAAAGCAAAAGUGGGAAAAAGGGAAGUUUGCCCUAAAAUCCAUUGUUGCCGAGAUUGAUUCUAAAGUAGUGGAGUUGGGGUCAGUUGGAGGAAAUUUGCUUACAAGGUUUGCUGAAAAGGGGUUAACAUACCGUAUAACAUCAAAUCCAAUUGAAAGAUCAAUUGUCUGGACCAUGACUGUCCCAGAACAUAUUUCACAGCUUUCCCCUGAAGAAAUAGAGAUUCAAUAUAUAUUGCUCGUGUAUGAAGCUGAAGAGUUUUGUAACCUUGUCAUCAAUGAAUCUCUUUUGGAUCAUGUUUUUAGUGUUCGAAGUCGUUAUCCAUCGUAUACAGUGUGUUAUCUUACAAAUAGGUUGAUGGCAUACAUUAAUAAAAGGGAAAAAGAGCUGUACAAGAACCCGACAAAUCAUAGUGGCCGGAGACUCCCACCUGUUGAGGAGGCGCUCGCAAAAUUGACCACUAAUUUUUUUAAAGUACACUCCAGGCAGUGCAUGGAUGAGGCUGAACUUGCGGAACAUGUUGUUGGUUUAACAUGCAGCCUGUCAUCCUGCCAAUUUAGAAAGAAGUUAACGAGACUGGAUGUAAAUGCUAAUGGAUCCCUUAUCCCUAAGGACUGCCUUGACCGAAAUUUAAUUAAAAAGAGCCCAUGGUUAAAAGCUUUGGUAGCUAUCCCUAAGGUACAGCCACGAUUUGCUAUUGCUAUAUGGAAGAAGUUCCCUACCAUGAAAUCUCUUUUGAGUAUUUACAUGGACCCAAAUAUAUCAGUUCAUGAAAAGGAAUUUCUGCUGAAGGACUUGACAACCGAAGGUUUACUUGGUGAUGAUAGAAGAUUAGGUGAAGUUUGUUCCAAGAGAGUGUACAGAAUACUUAUGGCACAAAGUGGAUGCAUCAAAACUGAUGAUGUCGAGGAUGGUGCUGAUUUCUUCAGGCAUUAAAUUUCACUUAUAUGGGCAAAAUCAGGUACACUUGUAAGGCCUCCCUCUCCCUGAGCAAGUUCUGUAAUGGAGAAGAGCAAAUCAUUUUCCGGCUACUACUCGACCGGCUACACUGAGGCCCGGUUUGGGUUUGAGGACCGGUCGAAAUCAUACAGCUUCAAUGGUCCGGUCAGCUGCAGCAAGGUAGAUGAGUUGUCUUCAACAUCUGGCAAUCCAGAGCUGGAGAGAAGGAAGAGGGUGGCAAGCUACAACAUGUAUGCUGUGGAAGGUAAGUUCAAAUCGUCGUUGCGCAACAGUUUCAAAUGGAUUAAGGGCAAGUUUGUUGACAACUUCUACGAUGAGUAGUGAACUAAACCGAAUCCUCUUACUUUUUCAUUUUCUUGUCAAAGUCAAGUAAGGUUUCAAUUAGUGUAUAGUUUGUCAAGACCUGGUUAAUUUGUAAUGAAUUUCUUGGGAUUGAAUCAAAUGAUUGAUAUAUAAAAUGGUUUUGACUACUCUUGAUUUAA